UUAAAUAAAAAUCUAACGCGACUCGACUUAUAUAUAUUUAUUCCGACUAAACGUAAUCGUAAUGUUAUCAAAAUAAAGUUAACGCACAAUAAUGGCGGCGGUUGAUGACGAGUAUUUACAUAAAGUAUCGUCAAAUUUAAUUAAUAAUAAUUACCAACAAAAUAUUAAAUGGAUUCCAUUGUCAUUAACGCACGUCGAGUAUCCUCAAGGAGAUUCAUUAGGACAUUUAUUAUCAUUGAUAAGUUUAAUGCCAUUUGCAAUAAUAAUAGGAUUUCUAACACUUAUUUUAUUCCGACGUGAUUUACACACGAUAUGUUUUUUUAUUGGAGUUGUGGUAACAGAUAUAAUUGGGUUAUCAUUGAAAUACACAAUAAGAGAAGCCAGACCAAUGAGACGAGAUGUUAUUUAUGUUGAAUAUGGAAUGCCGUCGUCUCAUUCAUUGUUGAUGUGGUUUUUUGCAACUUACACUGCGUUGUUUGUAUGCUUAAGAAUGCAUCAAAAUAACAACAGUACAGUUGUAGAAAAAUUAUGGAGAUGGACAAUCAUCGGUGGCUGUACAACAGUUGCCAUUUUAGUAUCAUAUAGUCGUAUUUAUUUGCAAUAUCAUACAAUAUCACAAGUAUUAUGUGGUUUUAUUGUGGGAGUUAUUAUGGGAAUAACGUGGUUUUUUAUAACUCAUCUAGUCCUAGCGCCAUUUUUUCCAAUUAUUGUGUCGUGGCGAUUGUCUGAAUUUUUAUUAAUACGUGAUACAACUUUAAUACCAAAUGUACUGUGGUUCGAAUAUACUAAUAUAAGAACAGAGGCUAGAGCACGCUCAAGAAAAUUAGUUUCAAUGAAAUCGCAAUGACGACUGAUGGUUGCCCAGUGGGCGGAAAAUAAAUAAACAAAAACUAUUUGUUGAAAGUUUAAAAUUUUUUUUAUUUUUAAAAUUUUUCUCAUCACUCGAUGUUUAAUUUUUUAAAAGAUUUUUUAGAAAAAUCUAAUCGUUCAGUUUAUUUAAAUUGAAUUUUAAAUAUUUUUACUACGAUUUGUUUUAAAAUCUCGAUAAUUAUAUAUCGUAAUAAAUUUUUUUAAAACCUGCAAUAAUUUACUUUAUUUUUAAUAAAAAAAAAAAAGCGCGGGAAAGUACAAUAAUUUUUUUUAAAAAGUUUUAUCAGGGCACAUGAUUUUCAAGUAAUUUUAUUUUUAAAUAAAAAUAAUUUUUGAACAAGUUUAAAAAAUUUUGUUAAAAUAACUCAGCACUGCCAAAAUUAUUCCGAUACAUUUAAAAAAAAACUCUUGUAGUAAAAUUGAACGGUUUUAAAAAAAAAUGUGACCAAAAAUUGUUUUUACUAGAUACGUCAAAUUGCUCAAAAAAAAAAAAGUAAAAAUAAAUUAUGUAAAAAAUUUUUGAAAAUAUAUUUCGCUCUCAUUAAAUGAAAUUACCAUAAAUUUUAAAAAUUUUGAUUUAGUGAUUUUUUAAAAAAUUUUUAAUACAAAGUAAAAAGUAUAAAAAAAAAAUAAAAUACUUGAAAAUUCGAGAACCCAAUUACUAAUUAAAUAUAUAUUAAAAUUGAAUAAUAAAAAUUUUUUAACCCUAGAGUAUUGAAAUUUGAAAAAAAAAAAAUUUAUCUCAAUUUUGAAAUAUUUACUAAUUUCAAAAAUUCAAAAUUAAUUUUCGCUUAAAAAUAAAUAAAAAAUGGUUACAAAUUUGCCGAGACAGAUUUUUGAAAAAAUUAUUUGCUGUUAAAAUCAAUUAGGAGUUAAAUGAAAUUUUGAACAUAUAUUUCAGUAAAAUCUUCAUGUCAAUUUUCAAAUUUUGUAGGCUAAAAUUUAUCCAAUAAAUUUCGUUUAAUUCCUAAUUGAUAACAACUGUAAUUAAUUUAUUCAAAAAUCUAUAUCUUUGCGGCAAUUUUAACUGCGUUGUUUUUUUUUAAAUUAAUGCUUUAAUUUUUUAAAAAUUAAUUUAUAAAAUUUUACUACGGUCAUUACAAUUGAGUCAUUAAAUAUUUUUAAAAAGUAGGGGCACUGUCUGAGAAUGUCCUUAACUAUUAUUGUUCACUUUGUAAACAUAAAAAAGUCAAUGCAAAAAAAAAAAAACAAAAUUAAAAAACAAAAUCAUCGGUUACAAAAAAAAUUAUCAAUUGACUGUCAAUUACCUCAGAGUAACUUCACCUAAUUUUUUGUAUAUUAAAAAAAUAAUUACAUCUAUCGUUUUUUAAUUUUUAAAAAAUGGCGGUAGUUUAAAAUUUUUUAAAAAUUGGACAAAAUAUCGAGAUAAAUUUUUU